GUGGCGCAGCGAGGCCGCGCAGCAAGCAGUCCUCCCGGCACUGUCGCAAGCGCAGUUGCAGCAGCCGUCGGACAAGCGGCCUGGGCAGCCACGGACAAGCAGUCCAGGCCCCGCCACUGGGCAUUGCAGAGAGACAGAGAGAGAGAGGAAGGCUCGCUGGCUUUGAGCUCUCUGGGUACAGUGUCUGAGCGGAGGCAAAGUGCGAUUCCUUCAAGAUGUCUGUGUUGAAGAAGCACAGGAGAAAAGACUCCGACACUCCCCAGGAACCUUCAGAGAAGGCCAAAGAGCAGCAGGCGGAGGCAGAGCUCCGGAAGCUAAGGCAGCAGUUCAGGAAGAUGGUGGAAAGCCGGAAGUCUUUUAACUUCCGAAACCAGCAGAAGAUCGCGAGUCAGUGCAAGGAGAUCAAGACCCUGAAGGCAGAGCAGGAUGAGAUCACCCUACUGUUGAGUCUCAUGAAAUCCUCAAGGAACAUGAAUCGGAGUGAGAAGAACUACAUGGAGCUGUGUCUCCUGCUGCAAACCAAGGAGGACUACGAGGCCUUGAUUAAAUCCCUGAAAGUGCUGUUGGCUGAACUGGAUGAGAAGAUUGUUCAGAUGGAAAAAAAAAUUGCAAACCAAAAACAGAUUUUCGCAAAAAUGCAGGAGGCCAAUAACCCCCGGAAACUGCAGAAACAGAUUCACAUUUUGGAAACGCGUUUGAAUCUCGUCACUGUUCACUUUGACAAGAUGCUGACCACUAAUGCCAAGCUCCGGAAGGAGAUUGAAGACCUACGAUUUGAGAAGGCUGCUUAUGACAAUGUCUACCAGCAGCUCCAGCACUGCCUGUUGAUGCAGAAGAAAACCAUGAACUUGGCCAUUGAGCAAUCUUCUCAGGCCUAUCAACAGAGGGUGGAGGCCAUGGCUCGAAUGGCUGCCAUGAAGGACCGCCAGAAGAAGGACAUCUCUCAGUACAACCUGGAGAUCCGAGAGCUGGAGCGUCUCUAUGCCCACGAGAGCAAGCUCAAGUCCUUCCUGCUCGUCAAGCUGAAUGAUCGCAAUGAAUUCGAGGAGCAGGCCAAAAGGGAGGAAGCUCUCAAGGCAAAGAAGCAUGUCAAGAAGAACAGGGGAGAGAGUUUUGAGAGCUACGAGGUGGCCCACCUCCGGCUGCUGAAGCUGGCUGAGAGUGGGAACCUAAACCAGCUCAUUGAAGAUUUUCUGGCCAAGGAGGAGAAGAAUUUUGCUCGGUUCACGUAUGUCACGGAGCUCAACAACGAUAUGGAGAUGAUGCACAAGAGGACCCAACGAAUCCAGGACGAGAUCAUCCUCUUGCGAUCCCAGCAGAAAUCGUCCCACGAUGACAGCCGCUCUGUCCUGAGACAGCUGGAGGAUAAACUGAGGAAGACCACGGAGGAGGCAGAUAUGUAUGAGAGCAAGUACAGGGAGGUCAGCAAGACCUUGGAUCUACUGAAGAACUCAGUGGAGAAACUGUUCACGAAGAUAAACUGUGAUGCCACCAAGAUCCUGGUGCAGUUAGGGGAGACGGGGAAAGUCACCGACAUCAACCUUCCGCAGUAUUUUGCCAUCAUCGAAAAGAAGACCAACGACCUGCUGCUGUUGGAGACCUACAGGCGCAUCCUGGAAGUGGAAGGGGCAGAGGCUGAGAUCCCGCCACCCUUUGUCAACCCUUUCUGGGGUGGCUCUGUCCUCCUCAAGCCCCCAGAACCCAUCAAAGUCCUCCCCCCAGUGCUGGGGGCUGACCCCUUCAGCGACAGGUUGGAUGAUGUGGAACAUCCCCUGGACCACAGCAGCGUUCGGCAGCUGGUUCUCGACAAUUAUAUCCUGAAGGAGAAUCGGAGUAAGGAAGUGCGCGGAGACAGCCUGCCUGAGAAGGUGGAUGACUUCAGGUCCAGGAAGAGGGUAACCAUGUGAGGUGCAUGGAUGGGGCCACCUUUGCACCAUAAUGGAAAGAAUAAAUGUUUUGUUCUGUA